ACUCUUGCAACUCAAUAACUCUAUCUCACCUGGACUUUUAUUCUGAAUCAACAACUACAGUUAUGGGACAUUUCAACAACACUUUUUUUUAAAAACACAUUAAUUAUUUUUAAAUGCACUAAAAUGUAUUCAGAAAUGCCCGGCAACAUGGCAGUCAACUGGGUUUUGUAUUCUGUUUUUUUACUGCCACUAUUCGCAGUGGGCGCUGCUUUCUCGGGGGUCUUCAACGCCUCGGACAGAGACAUUUUCACAGAUGACUUGCUGCAGGUGAAGCUCACACAAGCCAGAGCGACCGAGCAGUGGAAACUCCUCUCCUCCGAUUCCCACCCCAACCUAUAUUUUAACCAAGUGGAUGUGUUGCACUUGAGGCAAAGGUCCACCACCACCCACAGUCACAUAUUUAAAGUCAUCCGGGCCGCUGCGCUCAGCAUGUUGGCAAAUGUUCCCUCUUACAUGCCCCCUGCGAAACAUGCAGAGUUUACGAGCAAGUGGAAUGAGAUUUAUGGGAACAACCUGCCUCCUCUGGCUCUCUACUGCCUGCUGCGCCCAGAGGACUCUGCUGCCCUGCAGUUUCUUAUCAAGUUUAUGGAUAGGAUGGCUGAGUACCCCGACUGGAAGGUGACCAGCGCUCCUAACGACGAGGUCCCCACGGCGCACUCGCUCACUGGGUUUGCUACAGCCUAUGACUUUAUUUACUCCCGCCUGGACGAGCGCCGGCGGGUCGUUUACUUCAAGAAAAUUCGCUCUGAGACGGAGGAGCUGUUUGACCUCUCAAAGCACAGAGGGUGGGGCAAACAGUACCUCCAAAACCAUCAAACCACCAACAUAUUAGCCGUCCUGAUCGGCGCAAUCGUGGUGGGGUCGCACGACGACCGGGAGUCGAUGAUCUGGAAACAAGUGGCAACGAACUACAUGGAGAAAACGAUGUUCCUCCUGAACCACGUUGUCGAUGGGUCUCUGGAUGAGGGGGUAGCGUACGGGAGCUACACAGCCAAGUCCAUCACCCAGUACGUCUUCUUAGCUCAGCGCCAUUUCAACAUCGACAACCUGCAGAGCAACUGGCUCCGGGGACACUUCUGGUUUUAUUACGCCACUCUGCUGCCGGGCUUCCAGAGGACAGUGGGCAUCGCCGACUCCAACUACAACUGGUUUUACGGGCCGGAGAGCCAGCUCGUUUUCCUCGACACUUUCGUCAUGAGGAACGGGACGGGCAACUGGCUGGCUCAGCAGAUUAGAAAGCACCGGCCCAAGGACGGUCCCAUGGGGCAGUCGUCCGCCCAGCGCUGGGCUACCCUUCACACGGAAUACAUCUGGUACGACUCCCUGCUCACGCCGCAGCCGCCCCACGACUUUGGGAAAGCCAGGAUGCAUAUUUUCUCAAACUGGGGCGUGGUUACGUACGGCGCCGGCCUCCCGAGCGGCCAGGGUAAUACUUUUGUGUCCUUUAAGUCGGGCAAGCUGGGGGGCCGCGCCGUCUAUGACAUCGUCCACGACAAGCCGUACUCCUGGGUGGACGGCUGGAACAGCUUCAACCCGGGUCACGAGCACCCGGAUCAGAACUCGUUCACGUUCGCUCCCAACGGACAGGUGUUCGUGUCCGAAGCCCUCUACGGUCCGAAGUACAGCUACCUCAACAACGUGUUGGUGUUCAGUCCGUCUCCCACCAGCCAGUGCAACGCGCCGUGGGAGGGGCAGUUGGGGGAGUGCGCCAAGUGGCUGCGCUGGACCGACGAGGGGGUGGGCGACGCCAAAGGGGAGGUGAUCGCCGCGUCCUCCCACGGGGACACCAUGUUCGUGAGCGGCGAAGCGGCGUCGGCGUACUCCCCCGCCAUGAGGCUGAAGAGCGUGUACCGAGCUUUAGUCCUGCUGAACUCGCAGACCCUGCUGGUGCUCGACCACGUCGAGAAGUGGAGCGACUCGCCCGUGAAGUCGCUCAGUGCUUUCUUCCACAACCUAGACAUUGACUUUAAAUACGUCCCGUUCAAAUUCAUGGACCGAUAUAACGGCGCCAUGAUGGACGUGUGGGACGCUCAUUAUAAAAUGUUCUGGUUCGACAGCCAGGGUCACAGCCCCGAUACCAAGAUCCAAGAGGCAGAGCAGGCGGCGGAGUUUAAAAAGAGGUGGACUCAGUUCGUCAAUGUCACUUUUCCAGUGACGGGCCCAGUGAGCAGGGUAGCGUACGUGUUGCACGGCCCAUAUGUCAAAGUCUCCAGCUGUAGAUUUGUGGAUAGCAGCGAAGACGGAGUGAGGAUUUCUUUAACCAUAAAUAACACGGAGACGAUCGUCUCCAUCGCGACAAACUACAAAGACAUCGGCGCGAGGUCGACUUAUUUAGGAUUCGGAGGUCACUGUAAAGUUGAGGAUAGGAAUCAGAUCACUCGAUUUGGCCUUGGGACUCAGCUCAUCCCCAAACCAAUCAGCGGCAACAAUCAGCUGUUUGAGUUUGGCUUCGCAGUCAACGUGAUCGCGGGCGUGGUCCUCUGCGUGGCCAUCGUGUUCCUGACCCUGCAGAGAAAGUUUUACGUCUGCUUCAGCCGGCUGAUGCGCUACGCCCUCCUCUCGGUGCUCAUCCUGUGGAUCGCCGAGCUGCUGUUUGUGUCCAACAGCUGCGAUCAGCUCCUCUGCGGGGUCAAAUGGAAAGUCGCGGGCGGCAAAAGCGAAGCCGACGAACAAAUCAGGCUGUACGAGCAGCGGCGGCUCCCCCUACCCACCGUCGUCGUGACGACCCUUCCCGGAUCGGGGUCGGAAAUACUCAAGCACCUUUUCUACAACAGCUCGGACUUCGUUUACAUCAGAGUCCCCACGGAGCACGUGGACGUUCCCGAGACCGAGUUUGAGUUCGACUCGCUGGUCGACGCCUGCGAGUGGUCGCGGUCGGACGCCGCGCGGGGGCGCUUCAAGAUCAUUCAGGGCUGGCUGCAUUCGCUGGUUCGCAACACCAAGAUGCACUUGCAGAAUAUUCAGCUGGCAGAGGGCAGUCGGGUCAGACAGCCCCAGAGAGCCGGCGCCUCUAGGGACGGAAAGAAAAGGUCCGGGAGGAGAGAGCCGGCGUCUGAGCUGAAGGGCAAGCUGAGAGCGAGCCUGGACCGGGAUGCAGAGUCCGUGAGGGAGAUGAGGCGGCACGUGGCCGAGUACCCCAACGCCCGCGUGGUCCUCAACCUGCGGAGCGGAAGCUGGGCGCUCAAGCUGCCGUUCAUCCAGGAGGUCGUGGGGUCUUCCCUGAGGACGAUCUACCUGGUGAGAGACCCUCGAGCGUGGAUUUAUCUCAUGGUCUACAACAGCAAACCCAGCCUCUACGCCCUCAAAAACAUCCCGCAGCACCUCUCCUUGAUGUUCAAGGGGGACGCCGCGUGCCCGACCGCGGCGCCGGAGUUCCAACUGAUCCGGAGGCUGCUGGCCCGUUCCGAGAGCGACCCCGUCCUCAUGCUGGCCCACCUGUGGCGGGCUCACACGGCGGCGGCGCUGCGAGUCAGCGAGAGCCUCCCCGAGGAGUCCUUCCUCCAAGUGAGGUUCGAGGACGUGGUGGACUUCCCGCAGGAGACGGCGGAGAGCAUCCACGCGUUCCUCGGGGUGCCCGUGUCGCCCGCCGCCCUCAACGAACUUCUGUUCACCACCUCCACGAACCUGUACAACCUCAUGUACGAGGGGGACAUCUCCCCGGCCAACAUUAACACGUGGAGGCAAAAUAUGCCGCGAAAGGACAUCAGACUAAUAGAGGACGUGUGUGGGGGCGUGAUGGGGAGGCUGGGUUACACCAGCUGACCUGCUGCUGCCGGUCGGCCGAUAUCGAACGGUCGAGUUUGACCGUCGCUGCCAUCGAGUUCCGCAAAGGUUUAUUUUGUUGUCUUUUUUUGUUGUUGCACUGACCUUAAAUUGAAAAAAAGAAGAAGACGUUACGAGUCGAGGAGAAACCGAGUAGCAUUUCUGUCUUGUUUUUCUUUCUUACCCGCUGUGUUUGUUUGGGUGUUGUACAGACAACAGAUGUUCGCGAGGGAGGAAUAUUUUACGUUAAAAUAGGUGAGCUCAUGUUCCCUUCACGCUCACCUGUAGCACUUUUUGUCCCGAGCGAGACUUGAGACGAGAACCCGGCGUACAUUGCGUUAUUGCAGCGGCUCGGUCUCGCCGUGGAGGUUGUUUACUGUUUGUCUUAGUGAGAGAUGAGGAAUGAGAGUUUGGCUGAUCCCUAAUCUGUGAUGCCAGAGAAAUGUUUGCGCAAAAUCCAUUAUCUGUUUUAAAUGCCUCAUUAGUUCUUUUUCUGGUUGGAAACAGAUUUGUUAUGAAGCUCAUUAGGAGGAGGAAGGCUCGCGCUUAUUGACAGACUUGUAAUUUGUAGCUUUGGGAGAUCAUUUCAUCACAAAGAGCAGUCGGGCUGUCAGCUCACCAUCUGAACUCCGUGUUGAAAACUCCAAAAAGCUGUCAGAGGAGCAGAAAGCGGCGCUUUAUUGCUCCAAUAUAGACGAGUGAAUGAAACAGAUUAUAUUGUCAUCUUGCUCAAAUAUGUCACGACGGCUCGGUGGCUUAGCACUUUCUCCUUUGAUUGUGUGUUUAGCGCAUAUUCCAAAACUAAGUGUACUUUAUGCACUCGAUUAACUCAGAAAUAUAAGACGUCUGAAAAUACGUGAAUCUCAGAGGAGAUUAUGUGAAGAAGAAAGAAAGUUAGAAGUAUUUAUGGGUUCCAUAGACACAUAUCCCAAAGGAUAAGGACUGAAUAUGAUUAUUUUUCCUCCCUUUGGCAUUUAUUGAAUUAGAUCAGAGGAAUGUGCUUAAUAGGAAUCAAAGUGAAGAAGAAAAAAAAAAAUAGAAAACUGUCAGCCUUGACACAUUUCUAGUGAAAGCAAUUUCCAAAGUAUCCCCCUCAGCUACUCAUAUUAAUCUGCAAGAUGCCAUAACUGAGGCGUACCCUGUGUGUUUUAUUGUUGUGCUGUUUUCACUGUAAAACCCUGAAGGAUAUGCAAACAAUAUUCCAUUUCCCGUCGUGGUCAAUCUCAUAUCCGAUGAUCUUUUUUUGGGGGGGCCUUUGUCGUGAGAGAGCUCCGAAUGGGCUGAUUAUGAUUAUGAAGUAUCGCUUCGAGAAGAAAAGUCAGAGACCAUUUCGACCCUGUGAUGCUCUCUGUGACGGGAUAUGCUGUACUGUAAAUGGAUCACAUGUAACAUGCAGAUGGUUCACUCAAUUAAGGACCGCCCCCUCCUUUUAAACACACAUACUGUGCCCAUUUAGAAAUAUCCAUCUUCCCUCAGCUAGAAACCGUCCCGUUUGUUUUUCCUCUCUCUGCGAACGCUGAACCGCCGUCGACUGCCUGGAAAAAGCCGUUUGAUGUUCGUGAUCUUUGAAUGUGUAGACUUGGCAGACAUGCAUUUCACUUUGGUGUUGCAAUCCCGUUACCAACUCUGUUUUUGUAUUUUGCUCGUGGGGAUACGGUUCCUUGCUUCUGUGGCCUUGAAUUACAAUCAUUCUCUUUACAACAUUUUUUUCUUCUUCUUCUUCUUCUUCUUCUUCUUCUUCUUCUUCUUCUUCUUCGGGCUCUGGGGCAAGUGGUGGAGGGAAUGUAAAAAAUAUAAUAAAUUCAUGAAUAUAUCGGCAAACAAG